AUGGUUUUCCUGAUAUGGGUUAAAUUUGUUCCUGCUAUUCGCUUCAGAACAAACAAUGAGCCAUUUAAGGCAUCUAUGCAAGGAUUCACACAGAAAAUAGUUAGAAUGAUGAAUGCUGAAAACAUGUUUGAAUCACAGGAGGUCCAAUCAUCCUCUCACAGGUUCGAGUCUGGAUCUGCAAGAAUUUUCGAGCCAUGGCAUGCAGAAGAUGAGAGUGUUCACUACAAGGGAACAGGGAAAUCAUCAUAUACUGAUCCAAAAAACAGAGUAUUGCAGUCCAUGAUUUGA